GUUCUCUUUUUUUUCUUUUUCUUUUUUUUUUUUUUUCGUUUAAUUCAGAUUGUCCAUCAGCCGAUCGCUCUUGUCUCUUCUUGUCAAUUUAUUGGAGCGUCAGCGUCGCUGCUGAAAUUUGAUUUCCCCAUUACCGCCUUUUGGAGACGCAUUCCGAGACACCGCUUGCCCUGAGCCUGCUUGAGCCUACAUUGUUCCAGGUCUGUGAUUAUUUCGGGCCACAAACUCUCGAUAAGCAAGAGUCGCAAAAAGAACAACAAACCACCUUUUUUAGUUCCAACUCCUAUCGACCACACCCUGCAGCGUUCUUCUUUGGGGCAUUCUUGUCGAACAUUUCCCUUCCCAGAGACGAGGUAGUGGUUGAUCUUCCUCCCAAGAUUUAAAUCCAAAAAGGAUUUUCACUGCGCCCACUCUGGCAUACUUUUCACUCGCGUCCUCAGCAAUCCAACUUCCCACCCCUCCCGUUUCCUAAUUUCUCGCCGCUGGGCCAAUCGUCAAGCGAUGCAACCACAUCAACAGCAACAGGAUCAGCUGGGCGCACCGCCACAGUCCUCAGACUACUCGUCGCUCUUCCAGCAACUGCAAAACCAGCAAUUGCAAAAACAACAGUUUCAGCAGCAGCAGCUUCAGCAGCAGUUCCAACAAUUGCAACAGCAACUGCAAUCUGCUGGUGCACAAAGUCCCGCCGUGUUUGAUCAGCAAUUGCAGCGCCAGCAGGCGCAGUUGCAGCAACACUUGCGGGACACUGGCGAUCGUGACACGCUGUCGCUCGGUUUGUCAAACCAAGCAGCGCCAAGCUCCCCAGGACUCUUGUACUCAACCGACCCCGAGAACGAGGAGGACGAGGACAACCCGGACGACGACGAGGAGGAGGACUCGGACUCCGAGUCUCGACCCCGUUCAGGCAGCUCGGCACGGAGCACCAACAGCGCUUCCUUGUCCGCCGCGUCGCGAAACAAGUCGACAUUCAUGCCGGUUUUGAUUUCCUUGUUAAACGAUCCCUCCCAGAGCACCACCAUCAACUGGUCGUUCAAAGGACACGCGGUCAUCAUCCACGACGUGGAAGCGUUUGUUAGCAACAUUAUGCCGCAGCACUUUAUGACGCGCAACAUCAAGUCGUUUGUGCGACAGCUCAACUUUUACGGCUUUCACAAGAUGACCAACCGCGAGCUCCACCAGCUUCUCCGAGAGGAGAGCAUCAUGAUUCAACGCCCUGCCACCUCGCGGCCCAACAAGACGACGAUGGCGUUUACGCACAAGUUUUUUUCACGCACACGACCCGAUUUGUGGCAAAACAUUACGCGCAUGAAGCGGUCCAAGCGAGGCAGGGCUGCACAACAAGCUGCUGCUGCCGCUGCCGCUGCUGCUGCCGCGGCUUCGAAUGACAUCGGAUCUACCAGCCCCAUGCUCGGGACGGACAGCCUGUUCAGCCACGCAAUGUCUACGCCUGGUGGUGCAUCUCAAUCGCCUCAUCUGCUGCAGGAUCAGCAGAACUUGCUUGCAUCGCCCGUUAUUAGCACCAGCGGCAGCAUGCGGACAAGGUCUCAAACCGGCAGUCUGGCGCCUCGCGUGCACCGGAUUAGUAGCAGCGACGAAUCAGACGAGCAAGAUUCGCUCGAACCACCAAACAACACGGCCGUCUCUAGAAGCCCAGACCAGGCUGAUCGGGAGGUGGAUGCUCGGUUGCAACAGCACCUGCUCUCGAUGGGCCACGGCGAUGUCGACGCUGUUUCCUCUUGGCUCGAGCAGCACCCGCAUCAAGGGCUAGAUCGCCCGUUGCCGCAGCACGAUAUGUCGCAUUUGGCAGCUCGGCAGCAUUUGCCCCAGUUCUCGCUGCAAUCUCGUCUGUUGCCUCAAAUCCUGACGCACCAGCAUUUGCAGGCCGUGACGACGUCCCUCCCAGGAUCUGCCGCACCGACCUCGCAGGAGCUGCACUGGCCCGUCCAGCGCUCGGACUCGAUUGGCUCGACGCUCGGGCUCAACAAUCUCUUUAUUGAUUCGCCGCAUUCACGCAUGGUCUCGCCACUGAGCGGUGGCGACGGCACUCCCCCAGUCACGUCGAGCAAGCCGACGACACCAAGUCCCACGUCUGGGCUGAGCCGGUUUGGCCCCAAGGUGGUGUCGCUGCCAAAGAGCUUUAUCGAUGCAGCCAACCAUCAGCUCCCACCGCCCUACGUUGGCGCAAUGUACUCGACUGUGCAACAAUCGCCGAGUGCGACACUGCCCGUGCCGCCAGUAGUUCACGACGCGACGUCGCCCUUGAGUACCCCCACAUCUCCGCACCACGGCAUCGACGAGUACAUUGAUGCGCACAAUGCUCGCGUGCUCGGGCACCGCAUCUCGCCACCAAGUGGUGUCGAACGCACCUCGGAACCUCCGCUCAAGCGCCCGUCGCUCUUCUCCACGGACUGGAUCAACUCGAAUGAGAUGAGCAGUCUGUUUAACGAACAUCCGGAACUGCUCGGGUCGAAGACAGACAUGUUCUCGGAUUUGCUUCAGGACUCUGGCUUGGACGACCAAGCGCUGGCAGAUUUCGCUGCCACCUACGGAACUGGCUUGGAUGGCACUCCGCUAAUGCGUCAAUAGCGGGGGGAUUGUGAUCCAUUGUUCAGGUGUAAUUUUUUUAAUGCUGUAUUUUGGACGACCCUGUAAUUUUACUUUGCUACAACAGUGUUUGGUAGCGAGUUGUUGUUUGUUUUCAUUUUGUUCUUGAAUUGUACAUUGAACCGGUUUGUUUGUUCUCCUGCUUGCCUUUUUGUAUACUGUAACACCCUCCCUCGACCUGCACCUUAUUUGUUGUUGGUUGUGGUUGUUGUUAACGAUUGAUAAAAAGCGAAACCUUGUUGUUUUUGU